AUGAAGCUGCUAUGCCUCCAGCUGGGGCUUGGCUUCGUCUUUGCUGCCGAUCCGUCGGUCAUGCUCCCCUCGGAUGGACAGCUGCCUGUCUUUACCCUACCUUAUGCGGCUUAUAGAGCGACAAAUUACAGCUCCAUUGGAGAUAUACGGAGACAGGAAUAG